AUGUCUCGGUAUAGUCGAUCAAGUAGUUCAAGACCUUUCUAUCGAGUGAAAAUUAUUAAUGGAAUUCAACCUCCACUGCCAUCUGAACGUUCAACUACGAACGAAAAUAGCAGUGAAUUUGACGAAGUUCAAAAUCCCGCUCUACUUAAUAUUCUUAAUUGGUCACCAGUAGAAAAUUUACUGCCAUACAAAUCUACUCCUCCACCAGCAGCAGCUACUGAAGAGAAUGAGACGAGAUCGAAGAAUAGUUACAAUGCUGUACAAAUAUCCAUUGAAUUGCAGAAGAAGAUGUUAAAUUUAAAAGCUAUGUUUAUCGAUCCAUCCGGUCGAUUGGUUAACUAUCGUCGUUUGCGUGCGAGUAAUGUCUAUAAUGAUUUAUGUGAAAUGGGCAACCGUUUAGCAACAAUUAGCCUUGAAAACGUCACAGAAAAUGAGCGGAAAACAUUCUUCAUAAAUCUUUUCAAUAUUCUCACAAUUCACGGCAUUGCGUCUGUUAAUGAAUUGCCCAAAUCAGUACUUGACUUGAACCAGUUCUGGAAAACUACCUCAUAUAAAGUUGGACCCUAUUUCUAUUCAUUAGAUGAUAUUCAACACGGUAUUUUACGAGGAAAUAAACCUCAUUCGAAUUGUACCCAACGACAUUUUACAUUCAAUGAUCCACGUGCACGGUAUUCAAUGCGUCGUUGUGAUCCACGCAUACAUUUUGCCCUAAAUAAUGGAGCACGAUCGUGUCCACAAAUCGCAAUUUACUCGUCGACAAAUUUGGAAAAAGCCUUAAAUAUGGCGACAACAUCGUAUUGCAAUGCCGAAGUUGACAUUGUCAGCGAAAAUGCCGAAGUUCGACUACCAAAGCUAUUCCUUUGGUAUAAAUCGGAUUUUGGCCGAUCUGAAACCGAAGUGUUAAGAUGGAUUGCUAAAUAUAUCGACGAACCGAAACAAUCGCUACUUAAAACUGUACUCGAUCGUCAAGGUUCAAAAGAUGGACUACGUAUUUCUUAUAAAAUCUUCGAUUGGAUGGUGAAUCAUCAUGAUGGACCUAUGCCAGUCGCUGAUUCCACGACAACGCCAUCGAAUUAA